UAAUUAUUAAUUAGAGCACGUGAGGAUCCGAAAUUAUACGAAAUUUCUCCGACAAAAACGCCGCCAAAUUACAUGUGCAAAUUUGAAAAGAACCAAUGAGAUUGCGUUGUUCUGCUUGCAUUUGCAAAUACUUCGAAGGGUGAUCGAAGAUGUCCUGAUCUGUAGUUUUAGAAGAUUUUUAAAUGUCGACUCCAGAGGUUUUAGCAGCCGAUCAAGACGGCGAUAAUUUUCUUACAAAGGUAGAGAAUGCUGUUGAAUUUUCUGCAGAUAGUUUACAGGUAAUUACGCCUCCCGAAAGCGUGAAAUUACGUUGGAAAAUAGGAGAUAUUGUAUGGUCUAAAAUACCUGGCCAUCCGUGGUGGCCAUCCCUGAUAGCAUAUGAACCAAAUACUGAAGUGUAUUUCAAGAUGAAGGGAAGAACUAGAUACUAUCAUGUACAGUUCUUUGGUACAGAACCGUUGCGAGGCUGGGUUACUGAAAGAAAUAUCUUGAAAUAUGAAGGAAAAACGCAUUUUCUUUCCUUGCGUCUCUCUAUUCAUGGUAAACCACACAAGAUUGGAACCAAACAGCUUCCAACUUGGGAAAAAGCAAUAAAAAUGGCGGAUGAGACUAUACCACUAGACCAUCAAGAACGGCAAGUGUGCUUUAACUUUUUCAAUGUAAUUGAAACUCCAAGCCCAGCCAUUGAAGGAAAAGGUGAUGAGAGUCUAAAUUCAUCCAAAGAAUGGUCAAGUUCUCCUCAAACCCACUCUAAGGAGGUGUCGAGUCCUGAGGGACCUCCAACAAAGAAAACUAAAGUUGAAAAUGGAAAACAGCAAAGUAAAACACAGGGCAAGAACAAAAGAAAUAGUGUUAAGCAGAGAACUCCUAAACGAACAUCAAAAACACCACCUGGUAAACAUGUCAAUAACAAACUGCCAGAACAAAUGAAUAACAAUUUGGAGAAACAAGUCAGAAAAGAAGGUGGUUUCUAUGUUGUAGAGCCCUCCCCAACGUCUUGUGCAUUUGAUAUGAAUACCAAGCCAAUAACACCUGAGAAUGGCAAACGAAAACGAGGACGUCCUAGGAAAGAUUCAGUGCUAGUUGUUGGCAGCAAGGAAGAUCAGCAAACUGUCAGUCCGGCAAAGAAAACUACAAACGGAAAGAGUCUGACCAAGAUAAGUGCUUUGCCAAACAAUCUUAGCAGUACUUCUGCUGAAAGUGAGAAGUCUGAUGGUGCAAGUGAUACUAACAGUACCUCUAGCAUUGACACUGAAAUUCGUAGGAUUGUCUUAAAAAAUAAAGAUAUCUGCACAGUUUGUGAAAAACCUGAUAACUUGUUAACUUGUGAAGGAGUCUGUAACAGUUCUUAUCAUAAAGACUGCUUAAAGAGUGAGGUUCCUUCUGAAAAAUUUAUCUGUGAGAAAUGUUCAACAGGAAAUCAUACAUGUUUUAUCUGUAACAAGACAGACAAUGUCAUAAAAUGCUCAUUUCAAAACUGUGGCAAGUUUUAUCAUUUAGAUUGUAUCAAAACCCUUGAUUCUAAGAUUAAUGGUGAUAGUUUUGUGUGUCCUCUUCACCACUGUAACGUUUGUGGAGUAAGCAAGUCAUCUAAUUCUAAAAAACGCCUGACAUGUUGUGUCAGAUGUCCUGUGGCAUAUCACACUGGGACCUGUAUUGUAGCCGGGUCAAUGCCAAUAACGCUGCAGUAUUUGGUUUGCAAUCGACAUUUCUCGGCUGAUCCAAAGAAGGCCCAUCAUUCACAUGUCAAUGUCAACUGGUGUUUUGUCUGUUCCAUUGGAGGAACUUUAAUCUGUUGUGAGAGUUGUCCAGCAGCCUUCCAUCCAGAAUGCAUUGAGGUCACUGGUAUACCUGAAGGACACUUCUUCUGUAGAGAUUGCAAAGAUGGAAAGGAAUUGUUGUACGGUGAAAUUGUUUGGGUCAAGCUUGGAAUGUACCGAUGGUGGCCAGCGCAGAUUUGUAAUCCUAACAAUAUUCCAAACAAUAUCCAGCGAAUGAAACAUCAAGCUGGGGAAUUUCCUGUCCAAUUUCUUGGUUCUCAUGACUACUAUUGGAUUCACCGUGGUCGGGUUUUCUCUUACCAGGAGGGAGACAAAGGCUCAAUUGGAGGUGGAGGGAAAUAUCUCGGAGAGAUUUUCAAGAAAGCUCUUGUUGAGGCCCAAGACAAAUAUGCAGAAUGGCUAAAAAUUCAGGAGGAAAAAGCUGAGAAAGAUUUAGAGAAAUUGUCGAAGAAACCAGCUGCUUAUAAACAUAUCAAGGUCAACCGCUACACCACAGCAACAAAAUAUGAAAUUGAUGAAUCAGAACUAUCCACAUGUGAUUGCUCUAUCAAUGAUGAAAAUCCCUGUGGUCCUGAUUCACAUUGUCUUAAUCGUAUUCUGUAUGUUGAAUGUUCACCAUUGAAAUGCCCUGCGAAGGAGAAAUGUCAAAAUCAAUGUUUUGUCAAAAGACAGCACUUGAGUGCUGAACCAUUUCGUGCUCUUGGGCGUGGCUGGGGUCUGAGGGCUAAAGCUGACGCAAAGAAAGGACAGUUUGUGAAUGAAUAUGUUGGUGAACUUAUCAACGAGGAGACUUGCCGUGAACGAGUUAGAAAAGGCAUCAACGAAGGAGUUGUUAAUUAUUAUAUGUUGACGAUUGAUAAAGAUUGCAUCAUUGAUGCUGGUCCGAUGGGGAAUCUCUCGCGUUUCAUGAAUCAUUCUUGUGAUCCAAACUGUGAGACGCAGAAGUGGACAGUAAAUGGCGAGGUUCGAGUUGGUUUGUUUGCCAAACGAGAUAUCAAAGCUGGUGAAGAGCUUGUGUUUGAUUAUCAACUGGACUGUUUGGGUAACGAGAAGAAAAAGUGCAGUUGUGGGUCAAAGAACUGUAGCGGCUUCCUUGGAGUUCGUCCAAAGACGCAACAUGCUUUAAAACUUCAAGAAGAGAAGAAGAAAAGCCACGAGUCAAAGAAACGAAAGAAGAAAACAGGAACUAAAAAGAAUAUUGAUGGUGCCAGAGUGAAACCACAAGCACACGGUCUGGUACCUGAAGAUCUGGGGAGCAGUGAGUUUGAAGAUCUAAAACAUUUUGAUAAAACCCCAGAAGCAUUUCAAGCCUCAAAACUAGAGUCUGACGAACACAAGACUGCGAUUGAAAGAGUUUUAGUUUGUAAUAAUGACAAGCAGUUCACUAAUAUUCACCUUAAGACACCCAAACAAACUAUUUUCAAACGAGAUGUAGAGUCUUUGAGUGAAUAUUGCGAUUGCGAACCAAAUACGACUUCAAGUGAUUCGGUAUUUCUGAACGAAAUGAUUCCUCAAACAUCGUCCAUUUCUGCAAAUGAUCAAAUCGACUCUGAAGAAGGGAGGUCAGUCAACGAAACUGCAGGAGUCACAAGCAAUCCAACAAGAUCGCAUUCUUCACCAAAUCUUGCGACUUCUAUUCCCGAUUCUUGUGACGUCAUUCCUUCUGUGGAAUCGCUCUUUAAUUCACAAUGCAACCAGAAAGCCUUGCUCCAAACGAAUGCCGUAUCAGGUUUUUGGAAUUCCUUAGAUCCUGUUCCAUCACCAGAGCCCUCCAUUUCUCCACUCUCUUGUACGACGACAAACUCCAUACAGGGCAAUCUUGCAUCCAACUUCACGAGUCAUGGCAAUCCUUCCGUUACAAAGUUACCCAGUUUAUCCUACGACGUUCCAACUUCGCAAGUUCAGAGAUCCUUCCAGAAUACAACUCUAUCCCAGUUUACCCCUAAAGAUACUUCUGUUGUGACUCAUGCCUUCCACAACCUUGGACCUAAUUUCUCAAAUACACGAAAUGGGACACCUUCAACCCCCAAAACACGCGACAUGUCUUCGCCACGUGUUUUGACCCCCAAAGUUCUGGGUGAAGAGAGUGACGCAAGUCUCUAAAAACGCUGGACACAAACACACAAUUAUUUACAGUCCAAACAAAAGAUUAUUUAAAACUUUUAAAGUCGGCAAAGCCUGUAAAAUUUUAGUUCCUUCUAAGUUGUUAAGCAUGUCUGUGUGUUGAAGAACAUUGUACAUAAAUCGUACAUGUUUAGGUUGCUAUUAAAUUGUAAGAAUUUGUCAGUUUUUAGUUAAAAAUUAUAUUAGCGUGUGUCAUUGCAUGCAGAGACUGUGGUUGCCAACUCAGUCAUAUGGGUCUGGUUCAACUCCUUCAACGGUCAAAUAAAACAUUUAUCACUCAAAAAUUAGUUAUGAAAACCUUAU